UUAUGCACUCAUCACAAACGUUCGUGACUGUGCCUCGUGAUAGUGUGACCAUAGGUCAUACAAAUACUUAGCAUCAAAAUAUCUUCAUCAGAGGUACCCUUCAAUCAUGUCAAUUCUCCACCGAUCGUCGAUGGGCCUCAUUUUGGAUCACUAUUCAUGGAUACGAAAGCUUUAUUUUCCAUCUAAGUACGACACAGGGGAUGUUAUAAAUAAAGACGAUUGUAGAAUUCCUACAAUCGAAUCCCCACCUACAAUAUCGGGAGGCUGUACGGCCGGUAACGGGCCCACAACAAUAGCAUUGGAUGGCGAUGACGGGAAAUCGUUUCCAUUGAUGCUGCAGCUUUUCCGAAUACGUACGCCUUUUAUGAUGGACGGGGCGGCCGAGAAGCGCGCCAAAAUGCUCGAGCUUCACGAACAUUUUGAGACGCAAACCUUGACUCAUGAAACGCGUCAAGAUUCUAACCCUGAACAACAGCGACAAGUUACAGAACAUUUGUCCAGCCAAGAGAAGCUAAACGACCUUGAUGAUGAACCUAAAGUGGGCUCGACAUCUCUUGAUGAACUUCAACGACUUGGGCCCGAUAAUGCAGUUCAAGUGCUACGCAAAAAUCGAAAGAGGAAACGAAAACACGUGAGCCAAUUGGACGAUGAACUCUCUCAAGAAGCGGCGUCAGUAAUGGCUCGCUUUCAAGACAUGGCCAACCUACCUGAGUACAGAAGAAUAUUUGAAUUCACGCCAUCUUCGUCCGACUUCAGGCAGAACAACAAAUCAGCGCGUGAAGCUGCUUCCAGGGUAUUAGAUUGCACUGGCGCAGCUGAAGGCCACAAAGAGUUGGGUGCGCAUGGCAGCAACGAGGCGCGCGAAGUCGCGACGGUUGCCCACGACGGGUCGAGCUUCCUGCUUCCUCCGCGGUGUUCGUACUGGCAGGCAGACGUGCGCACCAUGACCAGAGUCUUGCCCCGGCACCAGAGGUAUAAGGUUGUCGUUAUGGAUCCCCCGUGGUGGAACAAGCAUGUCAAGCGCGCCAAAAAAUCUCGAGGCCAUCACCACGGGUACGACAUGAUGUCUGUGUCUGAUUUAUUAGACCUCCCACUGAGGUCUAUCUUACAGCCAGACUCUGUGGUCUUGGUGUGGGCUACGAACAACCGAGCGUGUUUGAAGCAAUUCACUCAGCAGAUUGAAUCACAAUGGAACCUUACGAUCCACGACACUUUAUUUUGGAUGAAGGUGACCCAGGGCGGUUGUCCGGUCACCUCUCCUGACGAAGGCUGUCACGGGAAGCUGCCGUACGAGAGGCUCAUCGUCGCAACUUCUUUUCAAAGACUGCCACCUGAAUUGCCACCAAGACACCCAUCUGAGUUACCACCAAGACACCCAUCAGAGCUCCCACAAAGACUACCAUCUGAUUUGCCAAAAAGACACCCAUCAGAUCUGCCACAAAAACACCCAUCUGAGUUGCCAAAAAGACUGCCAUUUCCGAGACCAGACGACACACGCUGGAGAGAAACCUGUACGAACGAGCAGCACGAACAAAAUACAAACUACUAUCAAUUAAGUAUAAGACAAGAUCGUAAUUUUUCGUUUGGGGAAAAAUUCCUCGACGUUGUACAGAAUGUUGAAGCUACUGAGAAAGAGACUUCUUUAAAUUCAUGCCGUGACGAAUCAAAUCAAAAUCAGCAGUCUUCAUCGUCGAAUGAAAUGCUUGAUACUGCACAAGAAGGGGAUGAAGAUAAUAUCACUGUUUGCAGUGAAGUACAAAAAAAGUCAACUGUCGUAAAGUUGGAGAAAAACAAGAAAAUGUUACUAGUCUCGGUCCCCUCAGCACUGCACUCCCACAAACCACCUCUUAAUGAUCUUGUCCGCGAGUUUGGGUUUGCGGACGAAGAAGACGCUUGCUUAGAGCUUUUCGCGCGCUGCCUCGUGCCGGGCUGGCACAGCCUUGGGCUAGAGGUUCUGCGGCUGCAGUUAGAGGCUCUUUAUGAACCAUCGACUACUGUUUAGGUCAAUGUAUACCUUUAUACUGCUUAGAGUUCAGUAAAGAUAAAACUUUACUUCGCUUUCAUCCCAUUUGCAGUUGUCAAAUAUGUGGUCUAUGUUUAAAGCUAUCUUAUGUCAUUUGAAAGUUAAAACGAUGUGCCAUUUAAAGGAUUCAAUAUUUAGGUCAGUGUUUCAUACCUAUUUUUUAGCCUUCUCUUUUACAUAAAUUUUUUUAAAGGUUUUUAUUUUUA